UCAUAAUUUAAACAAUAAGUGAGGUUAAGUACACGCCAAUCUGUCAAAACAAUAACCGUUCUAACCUCACUUUACAAUUUUUUUCUUAAUUUUAUUCAUUAAUCCAAUUAAAAUUACUUUAUUGUUUUAGGUAGAAGCGUAGUGAUGGCUCUACACACCGUUUUUUCUUUAUUAAACACGAUGUACAUCCCAUACGCAAUUUUUUACUACGUACAAAGAACCUACAUGAUUUGCGGAGUCCCAGAUAUUUGCAACACUUUAACAAUAUCGAAUUACAUGACCACGGAGAUUUACGUGAUUUUAAUCGGGAUAAUCGUUCAAAUCCCGAUUUAUUCAAUCAUUUUGGUCGUAAUUGACGUUUUAAAAAGCGGGGGUCACAUCUCGGAAGUGUUUAAAUGCUUCUUCAUAACCCCUGAUGAGUUAACAAACACCGAUGACGUAGACGUUGGGUUGAACGAAGACGCCGAUGUGAAAUCGGAACGAACCAAAGUCUCGAAUAUUUUAAAUACGGUGGUUGCGGAGCCUCCGGUAGUUCUUGUACAUAAUUUGCAUAAGGAAUACAAAAGAAAUUAUUCGUGUCGAAAACCCGACGAUGAAAAUAACCUAAUAAAAACGGCGAUUCAAAGUUUAUCUUUAGCGGUGGACGCCGGGGAAGUUUUUGGGUUAUUGGGGCAUAACGGGGCGGGGAAAACGACCACGAUGAAGAUUAUAAUCGCGGAGGAAGUCCCUACGAGAGGCCGCGUUCAAAUAGACGGCCACAACAUCCAACAAAACACCGAUAGGAUAUUUAAACUCCUAGGAUAUUGCCCCCAACACGACGCUUUAUGGAAAAAUAUAACCGUUAAGGAACACUUGGAAUGUUACGCUUCGAUUCGGGGGGUUCCAAAAAAAUUUAUCCCAACGAUGAUCGAUUUGUAUCUUACCGGCUUGCAAAUUAACGAGCACGCCGAUAAAAAGGCGCACCAAUGUUCUGGGGGAACUAAACGGAAGUUGUCUUAUGCCAUGGCUAUGAUCGGAAACCCCAAAGUCGUUUUAUUGGAUGAACCAAGCACCGGGAUGGAUCCGAAAAGUAAGCGGUUUUUAUGGGAUACGAUUUUGGCGAGUUUUCAAGUAAGUAAACUAUGUAAAAUAAUAAGUGAGGUUAUGUAUCGACCUGUCAAUCUAAAAAUGAGCGUUUUUAACUUUAAUUUAUUAAUAUUUAUAUUUUAAAAGUGUUAAAACGCUUUGAAUUAAAUUUUAAUCAAAUUAGCUCCAAUUUUGAUACAUUUUCCUCAAAAAAUUGCUUUUGUGUCUACAUUCUCCCCCAUUUUAAGGUUAUGUUGUUUUUUCCCAAUAUUAUUACUUAUUAAAGACUUUGUUAUGGUUCUAAUUUCACUAAAGACGUUAAUUAUACACUUUAACACAAUUUAUUAUUAACUUUGUUGCUAAUCAUGCUUCAACAAACUAUUUUUAAUUAAUUUAUUAUAAAAAAAGCGUCAUAACCUCGUCAAAGUUUAUUUUGACAGAACUACCAACAUAACUUUUAAGUAAUGCUACCAACAUAAAUUUACUCGAUAUUUAUUUAACCUCAAAAUUAAUUUUGAACGUUUUUAACCUUAAUUUAUUAAUAUUUAAGU